GUAAGUUUCGAUCUCAAAAUGUUAAUAUUUUUGUGUCUUCUGUUGGUUCAACUCCUCGUUGCUGGAGAGGCGAAUGUGCUGCAGCGCAUCGUCAAUGGACAACUGGCCAAGGAAAGACAAUUCCCAUACGUGGUUCAAAUUUGGAUCGAUACCCAUAACGUAACCAGUUUGUGCGGUGGCAGUAUUAUAGCCAACAACUGGGUACUCACGGCUGCCCAUUGCGUUGAGGCUGCCACGUGGGUGAGCAUCACCUAUGGCUCCAUACAUUUACAAGAGAAUCCAGACAAGCUAUUAGCCAAAAAUCACGUGUUCCCACAUCCCCAGUACAAAAUCGGUGCUUUGAACGAUAUUGCACUGAUUCGCACUAAGUGGGUGGAGUUUAAUGACCACAUUCAAAGUAUCCCACUGCCAUUUAAUUAUGGCUGCAGUAACUACGUGGGUCAGUGGGCUACUGUGGCCGGAUGGGGUCAACUAUAUGACAAUCACCGUGGACCCGUGGAUCGUUUGUAUUGGACAUGGCUGCAGGUCGUUGAUAUAUCCGUAUGCAGAAGUCGUUUCGAAAAUAACUUGGAAGGGGUAAUCUGUGCUGGAUCUUACACUGGAGAGUCCGGAUGCUCCGGGGACUCUGGUGGUCCUCUGGUAAGCUAUGACACAGACGAACUGAUUGGAGUCGUCUCAUUUGGACCUGAAAAAUGUGAAGCCGGUGAGCCGUCAGUAUUUGUUGAUGUUUCCAAAUACUUGCACUGGAUUUACCAUAUCUCUGGUGUAUCUUCAUAACUAUUUCAUUAAUAAUUCGAAUUUAUUCAAUUUGAAUAUCACAAUAAAUACAUAUAAAAAU